UUGAGACGAUCUGUAAUAUGUUGCUGCGAACGCAGUACUAGACGCCCCAGAGCAGCCGGGAAGCCCGUAGGACAACUACAGGUUCAUCGUGAAUAGUGGCUCUAGCUGAGUCUCUUUCAAAAAGAGCUCGUAAGAAUGAGCGCUUUCAGUUUCACCUGCUUGUCGCUCACGUUGGCCUCUCUGGCAACUCUUUCUAACGCUGCUACGUCCUGCAAGAACGAGAAAAAUGCUGAUGUUGACUGGUUCUUCAUGUACAAGCUCCCAAGAGGAGCGCAAGGAAAGGACAAAGUAAGCGUUCCCAGUGGCGAGGAAUACGUGUACAUCGAUUCAAGGACGCCGACAUCCACACCUUACUGGAUGAUGUCAACGCAUAACAUCUUCAAUGCCAGCAACGCACUGGCCAAUACAAUUACUCCUCUCACCACAGCGGAGAAGCCACAGAACCUAGCGUACGCAGUUUACAAUGACCAGCCUCCGUACCAUCUCGAAGAAAAAAAGUCAAGCAAUGGACACACCAAAGGACUGUUCAUCUUCGACGACGAGUCGGGCGUGUGGAUUAUUCACAGUGUGCCGAAGUUUCCCGAGAUGCUCCACAAAGGCAUGUACGUCUUCCCAACCAGUGGACGCGAGUACGGCCAGACAAUUUUGUGCGUCACUUUCCCCACUAGUCAGCUCGAAACGAUCGCCACACACCUGAGACUGCAGUACCCAAAUAUCUACGAUAGCUACGCGCCGGCAUCACUCCGCAAGGGUCGUCCUGCUCUGAAUCUUCUUCUGGCUCGCAAGUUCAUCCGUGAGGCACCAUGGGUUCUGACUGCUUCGCUCAAGGACGUCUCGAACAACCCCUACAUCAGCUUCGCCAAGCACGGCCGCUACAACAGAGACGUCUACUCGGCUGCUGUGGCCAGCAGCCUUGAGUCUAACCUAUUCGCCUCCACAUGGCGCAACGGGGCCGGCGGCAAGGUACCCGCCGAUUGCAACGACACCUACACCGUCACCAACGUCGACGCCUUGCGUUUCAAGAUGAGCAAGCAGCAGCUGGACGUCAGGAACGGCGAGGACCACAGCAAAUGGGCAAUCUCGGAGGAGACGGCAAGGCGAUACGUUUGCAUCGGAACCCUCAACCGCAUGCACUCACAGUACCGAAGAGGAGGACAGACGCUCUGUUUCAAGAACGCCCUACUUCACAAGUUGCUCCUGAGAAGUGUCACGGAGUUCGACAACUGCAGCAUAUCAAAAUGAUCAUUAAGAUCAUAGUCACCGCUCAUAUUAGUUGUUUGUGAAGCAACUAAAUCACAACAAUUACAAGACUCCAGGAUCACGAGAAAUAAAGAGCGUUAUAUGUUCAAACCACCUCCACUAUUUUCUAAACAGACAAAUCACCUCAAAUCAUUUGGAUGAAAUAUGUGGCUA